AAAUCACGAGACAGACAAGACAGCCAUUCAAACAUUCUACAGGUGGCUUAUAUAAAUGUCUCUUCAAGGUUCCGAAGCGAAGACUACUACCACUAUAUUGAAGAUGAUAUUUUUCCUAAAAUCUUUGUCAAGAUCAGUCCAUGAUCAAGAACAUUAUCACGAGCCAGUUGCUGAGACCGAGGAGGUCGAGAACAAGAUUAGUACUGCUGGCAAGUGCACUUCAUUAACAGUGUGGAGAAAGUCACUCUUAAUUAGUUGCAAUGGGUUUACAGUUAUCAAUUCUUGUGGAGAUUUAGUUUAUCGCGUUGAUAAUUACAUUGAUCGUCCUGAGGAACUCAUUCUUAUGGAUGGCUCAGGGAAAUCAAUCCUCACAAUGCGUCGACGUAAGAAGCUUGGAGUACGAAUUGAUAGCUGGCUUGUCUAUGAAGGUGAAGUAGGCAACCCUUGCGCUAGAACCAAGUUAUCAAAGAAUCCAAUUUGGUGUGUCAGGAAGAAUACGAAUCACAAUGCACUUGCUUAUGUUUUUCGAGGAUCCUCGGAUAAAAGACCUUCGUUUGUGAUCGAAGGUUCUUAUACGCAUAGAUCAUGCAAAGUUUUAGAUGGAUCAAGAAAGGUUUUGGCUGAGAUCAAGAGGAAAGAAGCUAUAGUUGGAGGUGUUUCUUAUGGGGUAGAGGUUUUUGUUUUGAAUGUAGAACCGGGAUUUGAUCCUGGUUUUGCCAUGGGUUUGGUUCUCAUAUUGGAUCAAAUAUUUUCCUAAUUUUGAUUUCUUUUCUUUUCCUUUCUUGGGUUAGGAAUUAGUCUUUGUAAUGAGAAUGCAAGAUAUGCAUGUCCAUAUGUUUUGGCCACAAUAUUAAGGAAAUAGACGUCCCGAGGAGCACUGAUCGGUUAGAAAAAA